AAUACAAUCGGGAUACCGCGCUGUACGGCCACUGGUUACCCGGAAACCGCACACAGGAAGUGGUUAAUGAGUGUUGUAGAGUAUUGCAGUCCCCACCAGAAUCUGAUAUUGACAACGGAAAUGGGUGCUAAUCAAGGCUUUAGUUAAUACUGACCGUUAUGGGCAGAAAACAGAAGGAAGGCAGAUAUGUUGUAGCGAUUUUAUGGAAACGUUGUUUUAAUGGACAGUUCCUCAUACGUGUAAGACGUGCCUCUGUAUAAACAAGUCACUUUUCACUUAAAAAAUGUGUGUUCUGCUGCCACUCACGCUGUUGUGUUUGUGGCAUGUGGUCCCAUAUGCAACGGCGGCAGAGAGUCGAUACAAGCCGGGGGAUCCAGUAAUGCUGUAUGUAAAUAAGGUGGGGCCGUAUCACAACCCGCAAGAGACUUAUCAUUUUUACCAGUUGCCCGUGUGUGCCCCUCAACAAAUCGUCCAUAAGAGUCUGUCCCUGGGAGAAGUGCUGGAUGGAGAUCGCAUGGCAGAGUCUAUGUAUCGGAUCAAGUUCCGGCAAAAUGUUGAGAGAGACACUUUGUGUGAACUUAAGCUAUCCCUGAGUCAGGUAGAAGAGCUGCGCCAAGCCAUUGAAGAACUGUACUACUUUGAAUUUGUGCUUGAUGACAUCCCAAUUCGUGGUUUUGUGGGCUACAUGGAAGAGAGUGGUUUCCUGCCGCACACUCAUAAAAUUGGCUUGUGGUCUCACCUGGACUUUAAUAUCGAGUAUAAUGAAGAUCGGAUUAUCUUUGCCAACGUUAGUGUACGAGAUGUGAAACCUUUCAGUUUGGAUGAUGUGAGAGAGCCCCUCAGCCUAACACAUACAUACAGUGUUCGCUGGUUUCCAAGCACUGUACCAUAUGGGAAUCGUGGAGACCGCUUACGGGAUUCCAGUUUCUUUCCGAAAAGCCUUGAAAUUCACUGGCUUUCAAUAAUCAAUUCUAUGGUUUUGGUUUUUCUGCUUCUUGGUUUUGUUGUUAUCAUCCUUAUGCGUGUCCUAAAGAGUGAUCUUGCACGGUACAAUCUAGAUGAGGAAGGAGCAGAUGAAAUGGACCAAGGAGACAAUGGAUGGAAGAUUAUUCACACAGAUGUAUUCCGUUUUCCUCCAUACAGAAGCCUCCUAUGUGCUGUAUUGGGCGUAGGCUCUCAGUUCCUAGCCUUGGGAACAGGUAUUAUUGUCAUGGUUCUUCUGGGUCUUUUUAACGUGCACAGACAUGGUGCCAUCAAUUCAGCAGCUAUUCUUCUUUAUGCAUUCACUUGCUGUAUAUCUGGCUAUGUGUCGAGUAAUUUCUACAGGCAGAUGGGAGGAGAUCGAUGGGUUUGGAACAUCAUACUCACUACUAGCCUCUUCUCAGCUCCAUUUUUCCUGACUUGGAGUGUGGUGAAUUCAGUGCAUUGGGCCAACGGUUCUACUCAAGCCCUUCCUGCUACCACCAUCUUGCUCCUGCUCACGGUAUGGCUGCUGGUUGGUUUCCCACUAACUGUGAUCGGGGGUAUCUUUGGAAAGAACAGCGCAGGAAACUUUGAGGCUCCUUGUCGGACUAAGAAUAUUGCACGAGAAAUCCCUCGUCAACCCUGGUACAAGUCUGCGCCAGUGCACAUGGCCAUUGGAGGCUUCCUACCUUUCAGUGCAAUUUCAGUGGAACUGUAUUACAUAUUUGCAACUGUCUGGGGCCGUGAGCAAUACACUUUGUAUGGAAUCCUGUUCAUUGUCUUUGCCAUCUUGCUGAGCGUCGGGGCCUGUAUCUCUGUUGCGCUGACAUACUUCCAGUUGUCGGGGGAAGAUUACCGCUGGUGGUGGAGGUCAGUCAUGAGCACCGGAUCCACAGGAGCCUUUAUCUUUCUUUACUCCGUCUUCUACUACUGGAGACGUUCCAACAUGUCGGGAGUGGUUCAGAGUGUGGAAUUUUUCGGUUAUUCAUUCCUCACAGCUUAUGUUUUCUUCCUCAUGCUUGGAACAGUCAGUUUCACUGCAUCGCUUCGAUUCAUACGCUAUAUAUACGUCAACCUCAAGAUGGAUUAAGAGCAAGCCAUGGACCAUCCUUGUACUUUAUAUGCUACGUAUGAAUAAUGGACUUGGAAAAGACAGGGAAAUAUUGAUUUAAACCUUGCUGCUGUUGGUCGAUGAAGACACAGGGCAAGCACAUAUAUGUAGAGGUUGGGAGAGACGGAAGGAAUGGCCAGAGAAUUAUCCAGAAGCUGCAAAGAUUAUAAAACAUAACCAAACAAUAAAACUGACAGUUUAUUCUCUCGUAUGACGUGACAAGGUUUACUGUAGUAUUUACUCAAGUCCGUGCACCAUCAGGCAGCAAGGUGUUCCAGGCAGCUGCCUCGUUUCUUUCACAUUUCUGCCUUUCAGAUGACUCCCUGAAACUUGCUGUUAGAUCUAGAACAUGAUUUGCUUUCUCUGAGUGUCAGUCAGUAUACGGGCUCUCAGUGCUUUGCUCUGUAUUGUCCAGCAAUCUUUAUGUAAAUGAGAAAGAGAAUUGGUUUGGUUUACUCAGAUGUGUGUUCUGGACACAACCAGUGCCCUUCAGAUAGUGGUCUUCUGGCCCAUCCAUUCUGGAAGGUACUCUCCUGCUCUCUAUCUCUGUAUGGACUCCUGGAAAAUAUAUUUAUAUCUUUUGAUUUUCUUUUUACAAAAUAAAAAAAAAAUGUUACAAAAAA